AUGAGACUUCAGCAGAUUCUUCAAGUUCUGCCCCUCCGCCCUCCAUUAUAUCUGCAUACAAACAGCUAUAUUGUUCUGGACAUACACAGUCGCCAUUCUUGCAGUCACAGAAAUGCCUCCUUUUGGUUCUUCUCCCCAACCUACAAGGCAGUCGAAGGUAACCAUUAAGAGAGAAUCUAUUUAUUUAUUUCCCAGGAAUAUCAGCUAAUAAAAGCAUCUCGGUUCACAAAUAUUAUUUUUGUGCAGCCUUAAUUCAGCCAAGUGGAUUUCUUCAUUUGGUUGCCCUCUGUGUCGACUUUGUGCCUGCCAAGGAUUAGCCUGGAGCAAAUUUUGACAGCAAUAAGAUAUCCACCCAUAAAAUCAAGUGUGCAGCCGGCACACUUUAAUUUAAAUAGCACUAAGUUUUGUAUAUAUAUGCGCACGAACAGAAACAAUUCAGAAAUAUUCAGCUUAAAACAGAAUAUUAUUCUCGGUGGUUUAUUUCUAGAAAAAAUUGUGCUGGUACUAUAUACCGCUGAGUGCCACCAGAAAAAAGCACUGGUCUUCCCUAUCGCCCAGGCUUGUUGUGAGGACACACUGAGUAAAUUAAAUCAUAAAGCGGCAGCAGCAAAGAAAGGGCACAUCGCUUUUAACCUGGCUGGCAGCAGUCCUCUGCUAAGCACAAGUCUCUGGGAUUCUCUUGUUUCACAUAUCCUGCCAACUCUUUUUCCUCAUAGCACUGACAGGAACAUUGGGGAGCCAAGGACGGAAAAGUUUUGCCAUCGCUCCCUGAAGCCGUCUGCCAAAUGUGACAGAUCUUCCCCUAGCUGUGAAGAAGAAUGAGAGCUGGAAGAAGAUAUUUCAUAGGUACGGUUGCUAACUUCUUCUGUUAACAGGGCUCUCGUGUGGCAGUAUGACCAGCACAAGUUCCCACUUUUGUUGGGGUGGGGAUAUUGCAAAUGCUUGGAUUUCUGCCCGCUGCACAAUUCUUAAAUGUGAACUGUAUAACAGUGGCAAUCCCAAAGAUGAAAAAUAGGAUAGCGGGCAAUACCUAAUUUUAGAUCUGAUACUAGAUUUUAUUCAAAAGGAGGAUGUGACUGGACAGUACACUGGUGUCUCCCUCUCUUGCGGCAAAGAGAGAGAGAGAGAGAGAGAGAGAGAGAGAGAGAGAGAGAGAGCAGGAAAGUCAGAUGUUUCUGCUCAGCUCUUAUUUUACAUAAAAAACUUCAAUUGCUUUAUUUUAGACAUUUCUGACAACCGCAUGCAAGUCAAUGGAGCACAGCGCUUUUGCACUAGAUUUGGCCUGGGAAAAGGUACAAGGAAAUAAUUUGAUACUGCUCUUUGACAAACUAGAUGUUUUGUAUGGGGGAAUUUUUCAGCUGAAAACCUCAACUUCAGCAACCUGCAACAUGGACUGAACUCAAAUUUUUAGACAAAUAGAGCUACACAACCCUAUCACAUAUAUUGUCUCACAAACAAGGCCCACUGAGUUGGUAAGAGCAUGCAGCUGAUAACGCCAAGGUUGCAGGUUUGAUCCUCAUCUGGGACAGCUGCAUAUUCUUGCAUUGCAGGGGGUUGGACUAGAUGACCCUCAGGUUCCCUUCCAACUCUACAAUUCUAUGAUUCUAGUAAUCCUGGGAUAAGUGUGUGGAGGACUGCAGCCUAUUUUUUUUGCAUGGAAGACUGGGCUUUGUUUCAGGAACAACAGCUGACUCACUAGUGUCCAGUCACAGCUGCAGGAAAAUGUUGGCUUUCUCGGCUGAGUUUACAUUUGAACCUAUUAUGAGUGAUGCUUAACAUCACUUGGGAUGAAGGAGUAUGGGAAAUGCUCAUCAGAUUCAUAGAUGACAAGAAGCUGACUAGGUUAGAUAGUAUUAUAAAAGACAGAAACAGGAAUUAAGGCCAUAUUGGCAGGUUGGAGACCUGGAUCAAAAGUAAUGAAAUGAAUUUCAGGAGAUAAACAUAAAGUUCUGCAUUACAGUGGGAAGAAUUAGAUGCACAAAUAUAGGAUGGAUAGGUAUCUGCCUUGAUAGCAAUGUAUGUCAUAAAGAUCUAGACAUUCUAGUAGACCGCAUGCUGUACAUGAGUUACUCUGGUGUCAGAAGCAAACAGGCGGGAGCCACUGCCUCAACAGACAAAGGCAAAGUUUGGAGUAGAGUUUUGCAGUGUGAUGUGACCAAGAACUAAAGCAAGCAAGAUGCAGAGUCAAAGCGAUGUUUGGGAGCAAUAUUUUAUUUCUAUUUCAAUCCAAGACUUUAGUUCUGGGGGCAAACAAAACCCUUUUGGGGUGUUGAUGCUGUGAACCCCUCCAUCACUGGCUCGGAUUGUAUAUAUGUAAAAAUAAACCAUAUAUCAUAAAGGUAAAGGACCCCUGGACGGUUAAGUCCAGUCAAAGGCGACUAUGGGGUUGCAGCAUUCAUCUCACUUUCAGGACGAGGGAGCUGGUGUUUGUCCACAGACAGUUUUCUGGGUCAUGUGGCCAGCAUGACUAAACCGCUUCUGGUGCAACGGGACACCGUGACGGAAACCAGAGAGCACAGAAACACUGUUUACAUUCCUGCCACAGCGGUACCUAUUUAUCUACUUGUACUGGUGUGCUUUCAAACUGCUAGGUUGGCAGGAGCUAGGACAGAACAACGGGAGCUCACCCCAUCGCACAAAUUCGAACCAUUGACCUUCCGAUUGGCAAGCCCAAGAGGCCACAGCCUCCACUAUGACACAAUCCGAAAGGAAACACAAACCCUGGGAAAGCAGGUGGAACCCGCAAAAUUUCACACUGCUCAGAGAUUGGGGUGACUUGGCAACAAUACACAUGUUUGUAUCACUCAUAAGUGAUGUGACACACAGGUGUAUUUGAUCCUGAAUACAAAACAAAUGGCAAGUAGUCACUCGUUAGAAAUGAGUACCGAUGGAAUGAAAGGAAGAGGAUAUAAAAAAUUGAAAGUAUAUAUGCUAUAUAGAUAGGCUCAAUGGAUUAAAUAGCAAGCUAAUAAAAUGGGUGCCCAACUGGAUAAAAGCAGGAAAGAAAUAAAGAUUAUGUAGUACUGUUGUGGUGUUAAAAGUGUUAAAUUUAGAUAUAUUAUGAUGGAUAGAAAAUCAUGACAGUGAGUCUCAAAAGCCUGAAGAAUGGUUCCGCGUGACAAAGUAAUGUUAAGCCCCAUCAUUUUUGCUCUUUUAAAAGCAGACUUAGUGGAGCACUAGAAUAGAUAUGAUACAGUAGGUCAAGAUCCUGCACUGGCAGGGGAUGCACAGAAUGACCUACUGGGUCUUUCUCCCCCUCUAACAUUUCAUCAUUCUAUGAAGUUCUAAGCCAAAUACUUUUAUCGCUUUUUGCCUAUGUGAGCAGCUGAGCUUCGUGUCACUAGAAGUGAAGGGGUGAAAAAUGAUUGUGGCUGAACAGUUACCAAAAAAAUAAUAAAAUCAGAAGUAGCCCGUUCUGGUUUGAAACAAAAUUUGCUCUUUUAUAAUUAUAAAUGCACUCCCAAAUACCAUGGCUAAAAUAAUGAAUUGAAAACUGAACACGGAGGACAAUGAUGAGGAAAGCGAGAUAGAGGGGGAAUGCUGGGCAAAGCAGGUGCUGAAGGGAAUGAAGGAUUGAAAUUGCACAAUAGAUGAAUAUGGACAGACAUGAAAAAAGAGAUAGGUGUGCCACAAGUAUUAUGAGGAAGAGGCAUGGUACCUCACGGAGAAAGCUGUUAAGUUGUGGGUGAACAUAUCAGAUGACAGAGCGAUUCUUCAAACAGCUCUUGUUUAUUCACAGGCCAGAAGAGAACUGAACUGAAGGGUUCAGCCAGCCUGCUUAUAUAGAGCUCCACUACAACGCAACUGUAACCAUUUUCUGUAGCCAUCCAAUCACUGAACGUCACUUUCAAUCCCCUAUUUGCAUAUGUGGACCUGAGUGAAAACUAUCUACAGUAUCCCCCUGCUGGCCCAGGGUGAGAACUUCAGUACAUAAUAAAAGCCAAGGCAGUUAGGACCUGGAAGAACCCACAAAGGUCUCAAAUCCACCUGAAGUGCCUUGGCUCGUGGAUGUUUCCACCUGAGGCUCCUGACAACCCAGCCCAAACACAUACUAAACCCUACUUUGAACCCCAAUUCUCCCCUUUACCAGCCAGGCCUCAAGAACGAAGGUGGCAGCAGAUGCAAUGAGAAGCCCAGCAUCAGCAUGAGAUCUCCUCAAGAGAAGAUCCAGCUACAAAGAAUGAUCCAGAAGAUGACCAGGAAGAGUAGGAGAUGGCAUUGAGGUUAUAAGUGAGAAGGUGGCAGUGAGGAUUUGUGUAAAACGUACAUUAAAACUGUCAAUAAACAUUAAAAGUUAAUUACAAAUUGCUUAACCUCAGUGCUGCCAUACUGAAAGAUCAACUCCUUACAAGCGAGGAAGU